CUCUCUUCGGUAGCGCCUCUUCUCUCUCUCUCGUAGGGUUUCUCCUUCGACUCCCGUUCUCCCUCUAGGGUUUGGGCCAUCAGAUCCUCGCGGAAUCGCGUGCUGCUCGCGCCCCCUCGCCACCUCCAGUUCCGACCAUGGCGGCCGUAUCCCCCGCUCCUCCUGCUGACCGUAUCCUUCCCUCGCCUGGCGAAACGACUCAAACCACGGAUCUGAUGCAGAAGCUAUCAUUAGACCCUAAGAACGAGGGUAACGAUGCUUCGGAUGUUGCAAAGCAGCCUUCUGGAGUUCAGUAUGGUUCAGCCAAUGGUGGGGAAGUACCAAUUGCACCGAUCCCAACCUAUGAGAGAUCUCUGAGUCCUCUACUUCAGGAGCAUAUGGAUGCGAGCAUGUGCUACUUACCUAAUGGAUACACUUCAUCUUUCUACUAUGGAGGUUAUAAUGGAUUGAUGACAGAGUGGGAGGAUUAUCCUAGAUAUGCUAACCCUGAUGGAGCAGAGGUGCCUCCACCUGGAGUUUAUGGGGACGUGUACCAUCAUGGGUAUGGUUAUGCUUCAUAUGGUCCAUAUCCUUCUCCUGGUUCCCCAAUUCCGACUUUGGGGCAAAAUGGUCAGUUAUAUGGAUCCCAAAACUACCAUUUUCCAGCUACAUACUACCAGCCUCCAACACCCACCAGUGCACCAUACACGACAGCCCAAACUUCUGGUUCCAUUGGGGAGGUUUCCACAUCUGCUGCGGCUGACAUCCCUCCUAGUCUAGCUGAUACAGCAAAAGCUAUUUCAGAUGGAACAACUAAAGCAAGCUCGAAUAGCAACAAUGGAUCAGCAAAAACAAAGCCAUUUAGUCCAUGUUGUUCAUUUGAUAAAGGUGCUUUGCCUGGUGGGCAUCCUCCUGCAGGCUUCCAGGAUCCAAGGUUUGGUGUUGAUGGUAUGUGGUCACCUGUUCCAUUCUCUGAUGGUUCAAUAUUUCCGGAUGGGCAAAAGAGACCACCUCUAAGUACUGCCUCUCCUAUGAUUUCACAUACUGGCAGCACUACAUCUACUAUAAACCAGAACCUCCGUCCUCUUCCUCAUCUCAUGGGAAUACAUGGUUCAAGACCAGCAACUCCUGGAAUGGUGAACAAGAUGUAUCCUAACCACCGAAUAUAUGAUCAUCAUGCUAAUGGAUACAGAAGUGGUCAGGGUUUUCGUUCAGGUAUGCAUGACUCCAGAACGAAUGGAAGAUGGGAGAUGUCCAUGGAUAGCAAGUAUAAGCCGAGGGGCCGGAGCAGUAACUUCUAUGGUUAUGGUAAUGAGAACUUGGAUGGGAUGAAUGAGCUCAAUAAAGGACCAAGGUCUGGUCAUUUCAGAGAGCAGAAGGGGCUUGGACCUACAAUUACUCUUGCAAUUAGGGGGCAGAGCCUUCCUGCAAAUGUAAAUUCUCAUGAUACUGACGGAGUUCCCGAAAAAGAUCAAUACAACAAGGCAGACUUCCCUGAAACAUAUUCAGAUGCCAAAUUUUUCAUCAUUAAGUCAUACAGUGAGGAUGAUAUCCACAAGAGCAUUAAGUACAGUAUCUGGGCUAGCACACCCCAUGGGAACAAGAAGCUUGAUGCUGCUUAUCAGGAAUCUAAGCAGAAGACAAGUGGAUGCCCUGUCUUCUUGUUUUUCUCUGUCAACACAAGUGGACAGUUUGUUGGUGUCGCGGAGAUGGUAGGUCCAGUCAAUUUCAACAAAACAUUGGAUUACUGGCAGCAGGACAAGUGGGUUGGUUGUUUUCCUGUGAAGUGGCACAUUGUAAAGGAUGUACCAAAUAGCGUUCUGAAGCAUAUCACAUUGGAGAACAAUGACAAUAAACCAGUCACAAACAGUAGAGACACUCAGGAGGUGAAGCUCGACCAAGGUCUUCAAUUACUUAAGCUUUUCAAGGAGCUUGUGAGCAAGACAUCCAUUCUGGACGAUUUCAAUUUCUAUGAAACCCGCCAGAAGAUGAUGCAAGAAAAGAGAAAGAAGCAUCAGCAGCUCAAAAAACAGGUCAUGGAUGGAAAACCAGUGGAUUUUGAGGAGAAAGAUGAUGAGGAAGCAUAUAGGAACGCAGGGCUUCAGAAGCCCUCGGAAGUGGUUACAAUUUUGAAGAAGGAAUCUGGCCAGGGUGGGCUUCCACCUGUGGAACAUGUGCUAUCAGAAAAAAAUGGCGUAGCGGCAGCAGCUGGUGUUGCACCCAAGGAUGUCAAACCAGCCACAGAGAAGCAGCUCGCGGCUAAUGGUGUUGUCAACAGCUGGUGCUAGGUUUUUCCACCCAACCACAAGCAGCUGCAGCUAUUGGAUGCAACUGUACAUGAGUUGCUGCUUUCAGGCGUCUUGACAUGUAUGCUUCUUGUAGUCUUCCCUAAAUCCAGUUCAACAUUGAUUUUAUUUAGGGUUUCCCGGUUGGUGAUUGGGCUCUUGGUUUAUACUGUAUUUUGAUGCCUUUUCUUUUCUAUUGCAAAAAUCUCUAAGGUUAUUUGUGGCU